ACCCCACAACUGAAGAUUACUUCACUCACCAGGCAACAGCAAAGUGAUCCCCAUGAAAUCCUUCCUCCAGACACUUGGGGAAAUUGAGUUUCUCCAGGGCCUCUCUGAGCCAUGUGCAGAACAAGCAAACACUCCAGCAGCACCAGAGCCACAGGUCUAUAUGCCUCUGACCGCUCAUGAUAACGGAAGCCAACAUGAGUCAACCCAAAACAAGGUGUUGCCUUCCUUAAGACCCACAGCAAUGACUUCUACACAUUCUGACAUCCCUGGGACAAUCCUCACCCAGAACUCAACAACACCCCCUGUUAAAGCCCUCGAUAUGACCUUUGCAGGUCUAAGUGAGACUUUUUCCAUGGCCCAGAAGGUGACCUCCUUUGAUCAGAUAAAACCAACAGCAGAAUGCCAGAUGACAAAUAUCACUGAGACCACAAAGACAUCAUUCACUGAUGGCCAAAUGACAGCUACCACUACAAGCAAGAUGACAAACCCCAAUGAGGGUGACCAGAUGAUGACCCUCAGUGUUGACCAGACCCUCAGUGGACACCAGAUAACAAUCUCCAGUGGUGACCAGACCCUUUCUGGGGACCAAUUGAUGACCUUCGAUGGUGACCAGGCCCUCUAUGGAGGCCAGAUGACAACUCUUAAAGGGGGCCAGAUGAUGACCUCCAAUGGUGACCAGAUCUAUAAGGACCAGAAGACAACUUUUAAAGGGGACCAGCUGACGUUCUCCAGUAGUGACCACACCUUCUAUAAGCACCAGAUGACCAGUCUUAAAGGGGGCCAGAUGAUAACCUUCAGUGGUCACCACACCCUCUAUUGGGGCCAGCUGAUGACCUCCAGUAGUGACCAGAGCAUCUAUGGGGACCAGAUGACAACUUUUAGAGGGGGCCAGAUGAUGACCUCCAGUGGUCACCACACCUUCUAUGGGGGCCAGCUGAUGACCUCCAGUAGUGACCAGAACUUCUAUGGGUACCGGAUGACAACUCUUAAAGGGGGCCAGUUGUCAACCUCCAGUAGUGAUCACACCGUCUAUGGUGACCAGAUGACAACCUCCAGCAGUGAUCAUACCCUCUAUGGUGACCAGAUGACAGCUUCCAGUGGUUACCAGACCCUCUCUGGGAGCCAGCUGACAACCUCCAAUGGUAACCAGACUUAUACCCUCUAUGGUGACCAGAUGACAAAGUCCAGUGGUUACCAGACCCUCUAUCGGGGCCAGAUGACAACCUUCAAUGGUGACCAGACCUUCUAUGAGGACCAGAUGACAACCUCCAGUAGUGAUCAUACCCUCUAUGGUGACCAGAUGACAACUUCCAGUGGUUACCAGACCCUCUAUCGGGGCCAGAUGACAACCUUCAAUGGUGACCAGACCUUCUAUAAGGACCAGACGACAAUCGGCAGUAAUGAUCAUACUCUCUGUGGUGACCAGAUAACAACUUCCAGUGAUUCCCAGACCCUCUGUGGAAGCCAGAUGACGACCUCCAAUGAUGACCAGACCCUCUAUAAGGACCAGAUGACAACUCUGAAAGAGGGCCAGAUGACGACCUCCAAUGGUGAGCAGACCUUCUAUAAGGACCAGAUGACAAAUCUUAAAGUGGGCCAUAUGAUUACCUACAGUAGUUACAAGACCAUCUAUGGUGGCCUUAUGACAACUCUUAAAAGGCACCAUAUGACAACUUCCAGUGGUUACUACACCCUCUAUAGGGGCUAUAUGAUGUUCCAUCUAGUCUCAUCAUUGCCAUAUUGGGGAUUCCUAUACUUUUCAGAUUUCAAUUUGAUCCAAGGACAAUCUCUAGAAAAGCAGAAGUGGAACCCCAAGGCCCAGAGACGUCAAUCCCAGAAGAAUUCUGACAUUUCGAAGCUCUACACUUGCACAUAUCAGGGCUGUGGAAAAUCUUAUUCAAGGCAUUCCCGCCUCCGAAUCCAUGAAUGCAUACACACUGGGGAGAAGCCCUACAUAUGCAACGUGAAGGGAUGCACGUGGAAAUUUUCCCGCUUAGAUGGGCUCAACAGACACAAGAGAAAACACAGUGGAGAGCGACCCUACCUGUGUACUACAUGCAACAAGAAUUUUGCACGAUCUGAUCAUCUAAAGCUGCAUCAAAAAUCUCACAGAUAAUUUUCACCCAGGACUAUGAACACAU